GGUUUUUUCGCACGACUAAAAUGUGCCCUCAAUUGGAAGUCAUUGGUCUGUUAGAUCUCCAGAAAUUUCAAGGACUCUACAAGCAAAACUGGCCCAAAUAUUGUCAGGAAUAUUACUGCCUAGAUAACUUUAUUGAAUUUCUCAAAAAGCAACCCCACAUCAAGCAUUUGCAACUCUAUACGUUGGACAUAAAACAAGCCAGAGAUGAGGGUCUUUUUGUAAUAGUGGAUCGCUAUCAACUUUUUGUGGGCAGUUUGAACAACUCAAAUGGUCUAGUGAAAAAAGCUUUGGACUUGGUGGACUGGUCAUCGGGUUUGAAAUGCAGUUCUAUACCCUACAGACAUAUUGAUGCUUUGAAUAGUAUUAUCGAGGAGAAAAAGUUAAACUUGGAGUUCACAAAUCCCACCGAUUUGUUUUAUAUGAAGGCAGAGGAUGCUCUUCAGCUGAGGGUUGAAUCCCCAGUGGGAUUUGUUUUAAAAGCUUUAAGUGUGGAAGAUGCUCCCCUGGUAAAUGAAGAGUGGCCAAAUCAUCAUUUGGGAUCUCUGUUCUUUAUAGAAAGACAGAUUCGCCUAUGCGUCAGUGUUGGAUUGUAUCAGGAAGAUACUCAAGAACUGGUAGCCUGGUGCAUCAGACUGCAAGGCGGCUACUUGGGGGCACUGCAAACGAAAGAAUGCCAUAAGCGUCGAGGAUUUGGCAGUGUGGUGACCAGGGAAAUUUCAUACCGCCUCGCAGCCCAAGGUCACGAUGUAAUGGCUCUCGUAGGCACCGCAAAUAAACCUUCUUCCGCGAUGUUCAGUAAGCUCGGCUUCCGAGUCAUCGACCAAUGCGAGUGGCUAAGAACGAAACCCACCAAAGGAGAAUUCACCUGGCCCGAGGGCGAGUGAUUGAUGUUUAAAUAUUUAUAUUAAAAUAUUACGACUAUCGGUUGUAUAUGAAUACAAGUUUGGUAUAAAAAUAUGCCAAGGC